AGUUGGAUGUUGUUUCCAGAGGCAGAGUGGGAGAUCAGCGCGGCACGGUGCGGCGGCGGCACACUGCUCGCAGCAUCCUAGGAUUUUACACUUGUUGCUCGCUGGCCAGAGAGUUGCACCGCCGUCCGUAAUCGCGCCGAGAGUGCAGUGUAUGCACUUGUCGUCCGGUGUGGUGAGGCGGACAUGAUCCGCGUCCGACACUGAGAUGCUGGCCUACCAGAGCCACCAGCACAAAGGGGGCGGCCGCCCCCUCAGCGUCGUCGGCCUCCACCUCAAGCAGUGCAAGCGUGUCGCCAAAAACAGACUGUUCGGCGUGCAGGGCGCCGCGGAGCGCGAGUGUCGCCGCCGCGACGCCGGUGAAUACGCCGACGACAAGCGGCUGUGCGGAAACACGGACACGCUGCCCGUGCAGAUGCUCAUCUCCGAGAAGGGACACCUCAACCACGGUCGGCUGGCGGUGUUCCUGCUAGGGUUAUUCACUCUGAUUUGCGGCAUCGUGCUCUCUUCGAUACCUUGGGUAGACUAUUUCAUCUACAAAAACUUAAGAUUACGAAACGACACGAUCAGUUUUCAUUACUGGCAGAAACCAGGAGUCACGAGACUGACCAAAAUAUACAUUUUUAAUGUUACCAACCCCGACGGGUUCCUCAACAAUGGCGAAAAGCCACGGCUCAACGAAAUUGGGCCUUUUGUGUACAGAGAAAAUAUGGAGAAGGUGAACAUAGUGUUCCACGAGAACGGCACCCUUUCGUUCCAGCACAAGAAAAUCCUGCAUUUCGUGCCGGAAUUGUCGGUCGGCAAUCCGCACCAAACAGUCGUUGUGCCCAACAUACCUCUUUUGACGCUGAGCUACCUGAGCACCAGCCUGCCCAAGUUGAUGCGGCUGGGACUGAGUUUAGCGAUACGCACCAUGGGAAUCAAGGCGUUCGUCGAGGUCACGCCCGAACAGCUGGCCUUUGGAUACGACGACCCUUUGGUCAUGCUGGCCAACAAGUUCUUCCCCAAACACCGCAGGCCCAUGCGCCUCAUGGGGCUCCUCUUGGGGCGAAACGGCACGCUUAGCGACGUGUACAACAUUUUCACGGGGCACACAAACAUGACCGAUUUCGGCCUGUACGACCGGCUCAACGGCCGCAGCGAACUGCCUCAGUGGAAACAAGCGCCGUGCAACACCAUCCGACACGCCAGCGAGGGCUCGUUUUUCCCGCCAAAGUCCGUCACCAAAUCCGACCUGCUCUACGUCUAUGACAAAGACCUCUGCAGGGCCAUCCCACUCAGGUACCGAAGAGACACAGCCAAGGACGGCAUUUUGACCGGCCUGUACACGCCAGACGAUGAGGCGUUCGCCGCCGCCGCCGAUUACCCGGACAACAAGUGCUUCUGUCCGGAGGGGGAAGCCUGCGCCCCGGAAGGCCUGCAGAACAUCAGCCCCUGCCAAUACCAGGCACCAGUCUACCUUUCAUAUCCCCAUUUCUACAAAGCUGAUCCAAAGUUGCUGGCCGCCGUCGAGGGCCUGGAGCCUGUCAAGGAGCUGCACGAGACUUACUUCAAAAUCCAGCCGAAAUUGGGUGUCACCCUGGAGGCGAGUGUCAAAGUGCAGCUCAACCUUAAGGUGGAAAAGCAGUCGUUCAUCAACGCCGUUGCCAAAUUCCGUUCCAUCAUGUUCCCCAUUAUUUGGGCAGAAGAGGGUGUGAAAGAGGUGACGCCCGAGAUUCACCGGUGGGUGUACCUGGCGACGACCUUCUCAGACAUCGCAGUGCCGAUUUUCUCGUACGGCAUGGCGCUGAUCGGCUUCUUCGUGCUGGCGUGCUCGUGCGCUCGCGCCUACCGCAAGGUGAUUUUCAGCAAAGCCAACAUCGAGCGAGGCAAGGAGAAGUUCCGCAGGGGCAGCGAGUUCAUCAUCCACAACCAACACCGGCUGAUGAUCGUGCGCGAGUCGUACUCGCUGCUCGACCCACCGCCGCAGGCCCGGCCGCCGCCGCCCAACGUCGAUCCAUCCGCCGUGCCGUGCCUCUACGCGCCGCAGUGAAAUUCGCGUCCGACCAGUGCUCGCAGCUAAAAAUUUCGCCAGUAAAAAGCAAGCCAUUUCGGUACAAGUCCUUAUGUGUUCAAAAUUUUUAUUACAGCCUUUGUCCAGGAAAGGCAGGGGUUUGAGGAUCUUGAUGGAAAUUAUUUUACUGAAACUAGGCCCUCUUUGACCGAUAACGCCAUUGAAAAGCCCUCAAAAUUCAAAUUUUUGCGGGUUAUACGUUUUACUGGAGUCCAAAGAUGAAAACCUGAGGAUUUGGAGCAAUCCCUUGAAAAUAACACAUUGGAAUUUUUAAUUUUGAUACUGCCAUCUCGUAGUGCGUAAAAAUUUUGUUAUAUGAAUCACAAUCUGAAAUGAAGUAUGUCUAAUUUAUUUAUUAAAAAAUAAAAACUACAAAAUUAGUGCUUUUUGCUUUUUCUGGUUUUAAAAAACUGUUUAAACGCCCAAGCCGGAGUUUUCUCUGUGGCGUAUUCGGUCAAAUAGGGUAUAUUUUUAGUAAAAAAUCAACAAAACUCUCAGACCUCUACCAGAUCCAUGUAUCUGUCCUGGAGAGGCUCAUUGUUCAUCGGGAGCACUGCUUUGAUGGAAAGAGGGCGGGUGGUUUUCUGCGUGUGCGAGACACGCAAGAACUUUUGCCACAUUACUCCAUGUUCCUAGAACAUUAUAUAUUUCUCAUCUAGCGCCAAAAGAGACGAUUUUUUGUCGGUCCGUGUUCAUCGCGACUGCAUUAAUUGGCGUCUCCGCCGUUUUUACCCCCUCAUAGCCGGUCCGAACCAAAAUUCCCAACUUUUGUUUUUGGCAUUUUGCCUCUGUUUCAUUCUUAUUUGUUUACUAAUUGUUCUUGCAGCAGCGUCUGUGAUAAUAGUGUACUCAUGUAAAAAGCAAGAAAACAAGAGCAGCAGUUGAAUCAUAAAAUUCCAUUUGCUCAAAGUGUUGCAUUAUAUUCAAAUAUGUGUAAAAGGCGAUGCUGCCGGUCUCGCCUUGCUUGCAGCUCCCUGCGUGAUGUGUAUAGAAAGGAAAACAAAACUCAAAUCUGCAAAUCGCCGGUUCAUUCUUCAGGAGACGAAACAGCGUUGUUUGUUUCAUUAAAUAGCAUUAUUUAGCUUGCGUGUAUUCCCAGUUAUGCAUGUGUAUAUAUCAGUUAUUUUAUUACUGUGGAUUUAGCAUCUAAAAUUCAUCUGUACAUACAUAAACCUUUCAAUAAUUAAACACGUGUUUCUAAACAAAACGCUCAAUUUUUAUAUCUGAAACAUAAUAAAAUAUACACAACAAAUUAAUCUACAGAAA